UGUGAAUCAGGAUAUAAGAGCAAUAUGUACAGAUGUUGGUCUUUGUGCUCUUCCUCCAACUCACUGAUCUUUUUGUAAGCUGCUUCUUUGUUAUGAACCUGCUAAAGGCAUCAUAAUUGUUCCUUAUUGAUUAGGAUGGAGGCUGACUCUAAGUCAAGUGCAUGGCAUUGAUGUUCCAGAGCAUUAAAGAAAUUUGUGGCUAUAGUUUUUACAAUCAAAUCUGAUGUGACUAAGGCGCAAAUACACAGGCCAGCAAAGGAGGAACAAUGGAGAUCUUUUUCUGAUUGCACGCUUUUUACGGAUGUAUAGACUGCAGGAAAUAUGCACGCAUGGAGGAUUCUUAAACCAUACAGUUUAUCAAAUUUUUCAAGUUUGUAAAGAAGUCUUUCUGGUAUGGAAUCACGGAUAUCUUUAUUGAGAUCAUGUUAAUAGAUAUAAGUCAUGACGGGUACUUGAUGUCAUGUAGAUUACAGUCAAUAAACAGUCCACAAGCAUGAGCAGCAGAGAUGUGUUGGGAAGAGUGAUCUCUCUAUCAAGUCGCCAUGGUUACGUGUACUCCUCAGGACAGCUGAGGCCAACAAUAGGGAUCAAAGGAUGCUUCGACUAUGGACCUUUGGGAGUGGAGUUAAGAAGAAAUCUUGUUAAUGAAUGGUGGAGCGAGAUGGUCAGUUCUCAAGAACAUGUUGUUGGUGUAGAGAAUUCAGUCCUCCAAGGAAGUAGAGCUACACAGAUCUCACCCUCACCUGGGAACAGUGGUACUGCGUCACACCAUCUCAAUGUCAGAUUUCAUGAUGAUGAGGAGGAGGCGUGGCUUCAAAGCUCCCUGCAUGAUGGUUUAUUCAGUCAUUAUUUCAACACAUUGUGCCUCUUGAACAGAAGAUUACCAUUCGGAUUGGCUCAGGUUGGGCCCUGCUUCAACAGACCAUCCUCAUCUCAAGGAAUUGUUACUUUCAUUUUCAAUGGCCUCCAAACAUCUGAGAUGUCCAUGCAAUUCUUCUCGACUCCCAAAACAAGUAAUUUGUGGUUUAACACCUGGCACAGAGACAGAUUAUCUUGGUGGAGGAAGUUUGCUGGGAUACCAUCCGACUUCACUGCAACAGAUAUCACAACGUCUGGACACGUGCAGUCGGCAGAGAUACAAUACAAGUUCCCAUGGGGAGUAGAUACAAUCGAGAGAAUAUCUAACCAUGGGAGUGUACCUGUUGAACAGAUGCAAGACUUGUUCAAGACCGACAUGCAGGGUAAGGAUGGGAGGAAGUCUGUAAUCCCUCACACUAUUGAAACCUCUGCGUCUCUAGAGGGCGGUCUUCUUGCCUACUUGGUUGAUGGGUACCAGGAGAAGCAACGCACUGACACCAGAGGUCAAUCGGUAUCCCGGGAGAUCCUACGGCUUCAUCUCAGGUUGGCACCCCUCAAGGUUAUCAUCUUGCCACUUAGAGGGACGAAGGAACUCAGAGAGCUUUCUGAUUACUUGGGCAAGGAAUUCAGAAAAGCCAGCGUCAAUGUGAGGAGCAUAAUAGAAGUCUCUCCAUCUUUAGAAAAUUAUUACACCAUGUUUGAUGAGAUGGGUGUACCUUUCACUAUUCUACUGAAUGAAAACACCUUGAAAUCAGGAAUACUGAGAGUCAGGAACAGAGACACAACUCUAAUGCAACAGCUCCAUAUCACCGAGGUUCGUGACAUGAUCCUUCGUCAUCUAGAAGCUGACUGAGAUGUAGCAGGGAGCUUACUGUUGCUGAUGUGGAUAAACUGCCAGUUGACUGUGAGCUGUAGUCUCCAUCCACUAUCAGUUAAGGAUGAUGUUCUGCACCCUUAACACAACACUAGCCUGCCAUUGCUGAUUGCAGUCACUCAACUGUGAGCUCUUGUCUCUACUUACCAUCAGUUAAGGACAAGGUCCUGCAUCCUUUAGAGGGAGACACAGACAAAGACACUGGACUGCUGCUGCUGAUGUGGCUAUACCACUUCACUUUGAGCUAUGGUCUCCAUAAGGAUGAGGUCCUGCACCCUUUAGAGGAAGACGGAGACACAACACUAGCCAGCUGUUGCUGAUUGUGGACGCCCAACUGUGAGCUCUUGUCUCCAUCUGUUGAGGAAACAAUCUUUGGGCAUGUAAUCGUGAAGACGUGUCAUCGUCGAGUUGCUGGCUUCUUCUGUUGUCUCUUGAAGAAUGGCUUCCUGAUACAGAAGGCUGGACUGAGUCAUCAUGAGAGAGGAUCCUUUGAAGAGCUUCCUGUAUGUCAGUGGUGAGGGCUGAUUUAUUGUAUUAGCAAUCACCUUGAUGAACAAGUCUUUACUGAA